CCAAAACAAUGGAAAGGCUUUUAAUCAAUCAUCGGUCUAAGGAUCAUUUUCAAUAUGGCAGAUGUUAGCACUAAACAAAUGGCUCAAAAAAGUACGAAAAUUGCAGCAGGAGCAGUGGUCUGCGUUGAAAGUGAAAUACGGGGAGAUGUUACCAUAGGUCCACGAACUGUCGUCCAUCCGAAGGCUCGUAUUAUAGCCGAGGCAGGGCCCAUUGUGAUCGGAGAGGGCAAUCUAAUUGAGGAGCAAGCUCUUAUCAUCAACAGUCACCCUGAAAACAUCCUACCGGACACGGAAGGAGUAGAGCCUAAGACCAUGACAAUCGGGACGAAUAAUGUUUUCGAAGUUGGAUGCGUGUCCCAGGCCUUGAAAAUUGGGGAUAACAACGUAAUUGAAUCUAAAGGGGACGUGGGCCGCAACGUCAUCCUCAGCAGCGGCUGCAUCAUCGGGGCGUGCUGCCAGGUGAACACCUGCGAGGUCAUCCCGGAGAACACGGUCAUCUACGGGUCUGGGUGCAUGCGCCGGGUGCAGACGGAGAGGCCGCAGCCUCAGACACUACAGCUCGAUUUCCUGAUGAAAAUUCUGCCCAAUUACCAUCAUCUAAAGAAGACUGUCAAAGGAACCGCCACACCUGCCAAAAACUGAGGGCGUUGGACUGUUUCGUUCCUGUACGCUUCCCCUAAAGGCUCACGUCAGCAAAAGCGCUCUCUGCCAGCUGGACCGAGAAGAACACUUUAUGCCCAUCUCCGAGCGGUUCCUCUAAAAAUGUCUGUCGUUAAUUUUUAUAACUUUUACACUGUAUGUCUGUUCAUCUACGGUGAAUGUUAAUUUAUGUAUCAUUGUGAAAAAAUGCUUUGCUGUUCUGAAGGUUGCUAAAACAAUUAAUAAAAGGCAAAAAAUAAUGAACAAAAAAA